AAUGAGUUCGCCUUAGAAAUUGCAAACUGAAGGAAUGCAGAAUUUUAAGCAUCUUAAUCAGUUCCAAGUGUUAUUAGCACUGUGAAAAAGCUAGCUCUUUUAGGAAAUCACUUACGAAUGUUGAAAUUCAAACAAGCGAGUGAUAUGCUUACAAACAUUUUUAGAGGACUAUGAAAGUCCGUGGUAAGUUUACGACUUUAACCGAAGUAAUACCUAGACAAAGAUUUCAAUGACUAGCCUAAUUUUAAUAUCGGUAAUAAGUUUGCACUUUCAUUUAGUUGUCUAUAGAUGCCUAUUUAUAAAAUCAUUAUGAUCUUCAUCACCAGCCAGCGAUGAUAGUUAAAGUUGUUUACACCUUCUUAGUGCGUUAUAAAACCAAUGACAAGUGAAUUUGUCUCUGGCUCUCCCAAUUCUAAUCAUAUGUGCUGCAAGGCGGACUCAAUUAUCUCACAUUUUAAGAGCUUGUCAAGUACAAAUACCAACUGUUUCUUGUAAUUACUACAUAAGUCGCUUGAAUUCAUAUUCAGGGUUUUUGUCGGACAGGUUUUGUGGACUCUUCUGCAAACCAUUUUGUGAUGAAGCUAUAAGCCUUGUAAUUAAAUAUUUAAUUUUUUUAAUUAUUAGGUCCAGAUAAAUGAGUUGUUUCCCUCUGCCCAGCAGACCGUUCAAAUGGGGUCAGAAAACGCCAGACAAGUAGUUUUAUUUCGGUAAACAGUUGCUUCUGGAUAAACGUAGCCGGUAAAUCGAAUAGGUAGGAGAUGAAUUUUGCCGAGAAAAGGCGCUCACUCACGAGCGAAAACGCGGAUCUUACCACAAAGAAGAACGUAUUUGAGGACCGACGGCUUCAGCGGAAACUUCAAGAGCUUGAAGAACUUUCUUUGAAACAACAAAGGAAGCGUCAAGAAGAACAACUAGACUUCGCCCUUGAGAAUCUUUCUCUUGAGGACAUGAGAAGGUCCAACGGUCUUACGAAAAAAAUUCUCAGGUCGAAUUUUCUUCCUCCUAUCAAUCGCAAAACAAGUGCAAGAGAGAGGACAAGAAGUGCUGCUGAGGUUCGCGGAAAUGAACAGGACCUGCUUCUAGAAAGACUGCGCGGAUCGAAGAUAGCUCAGCGAUAUUUGAGCGACAAGGGCACACGGAAAUUAACCAGGAGUUUAUCUGCAGACGCAGGAAUGAUAUGCGCACAGUCUGGAUUAUCACCCGGUGAUCAACAAAACAAGUCAGGUCCUUAUUCGGCUUUUGUUAAAUUGCAAACCCAUCGCCGGUUAUCAGAGUCAUAUACCAAGACUCAAAAGCUUAGCUAGUGCUGCAACUGAGGUACCGUUUUUCAGACAAAGAUCAAUACAAGCUUAAAUACAUGUUCGGAGAAUGAAUUGCCCAAGUCGCACUUGAUCGACGAAACCAUCAAGGAAAUAGUGAAGAUGAAAUGACCGUCAUCAAGGAAGUUUAUAGUCGUCUGCCAAUUAGCUUUACCACUAUUUUGACUAUACGUUGAUUCAUUAUAUAGUAUUGCAUAGCUCACAGUGAUUCACAUCAAGUAAUACCGCCACACUGAAAUAUCAUCAUCAUUGUGGAACGGUAUCAACCCUGAGCUCAGUACAAAACUGCAAUCCAUUCUCUGUCACUUAUAUGUGUUUGUAUAAUAGUUUACUAAAAUUAAAUGAGUAAUACUAAGUGUUCGGACCAAUCUAUUUGGUUGUCAUGUAUUUAAGAUCAUUUAUCAACGUUUAUUAAACCGAAUCAUGAUGAACACAACUAGAAAACAAUACUGUAGGUCCAUUGACUAGCUUUUAAGAAAGAUAUCAUGCAUCAUGAUGAUGAUAAUGAUGAUGAUGAUGAUCAUCAUCAUCAUCAACUGUUGUUAGUAUAGUAAAGCCAUCUUACACAAUGUAAUACGAACUUGAGUGACAAUCAUAUCAUUCCGUAGGGAGUUGCACUGCACUGUCCAGCGGUGUUCGUUUUUCAGUUUUCUUCUGCCAUCGCUGUUCAACUGUUCAGUAAACUGUCAACGAUUUGCGCACCUGCUGGCAGUUUGUUUUAGUCUUGUUUCAAGUGAGUUAAGUGCUUCUCAAUAGAAAUAUCUUGCAAAUGGUUUAUGAUUUUUGUCCCGUCGUUGGGAAUAUGUUCUAUCCAUAUGACAUAUUUCAAUUUUUAAGAUGCCAUCCUCUUAAAUUGCUUGAGUUGCAUCCUUCUUUUACUGUGUCUUGACUGCUCCUAAUAAAAAAUUUCUCGCCUAAAGGUUUCGCUGUCGGGGAUUUUAAUAUUUGAAAGAAUAGAUCCUUUUAAUCAUUGGAAACUGGUUCCCUUAAUUAUAACCAGAAAUCAACAUUUAUGUCGUAUAGAUACUAGUGUAUUGCCUCUAAUAAUCAAAGCGUCCUCGGUCAAAGCUCGUGACAUAACUGACAACCUCAUACUUAACUUACGUGUCCGCCUGGUCAAAACCCAUCUGCUUCAACUCCCGGAGUCUGAAUUUAUAGGAAAAGUUCCCGCAAGUUGUCAUGGAUGCUUUGAGGUCUUUUCUUUCUUAGUAUCUUUUUAUUCAAUACAUACUGUACGAAUUGUGAUAUAGCAUGUUAACAAUAUUAAGCGCGAUGUGUACAAGCUCCCUUGCCAAGUGUCUAACUAAAUUCCUCAUGCUGCUCAGGUUACCACUUACGAGAGUCUUUUUCGUAUAUUACCAGCUACAGCUGCGGACAUUUUUCUGCACUUCUGAGGGUGUACACUUUAAAGAACGGCUUUUACGUUAAUACCUUUCAAGAUUCAAAUUAUACUGAGGUUCCAGCUCAAGGCUCCUUAUUACAAUUAUUAAAGAAAAGGUUGCACUCGCCAACUAAUACGAGUCGCUUAAAUUUUCUUAGCGAAUAAUGUUACUGUCGUGAUCGAAUCUUAUACUAAAGGAGUCCACAAGCAGUUAUGAUAAAAAAAUAAAAAUGAAAGAAAAAACAUUUAAUAUUAUAUAAGUUCCUCUAUCAUAAGGCGGUUUUGCAAGUUAAAUAAAAAUGAAUUGAG